AUCACCCUUUCCUCUCUCCUUUCCCCUUCAAUCCGCACCUUCCUCCCCGUCGGCGUCGAUCAUCGCCGUGAUUGCCCAGUAUCGCCGCCGUCUUCUCCUCCCUCCCUCGCCGUCGCUUCCUAAAUCUCCGACCGUCGUUGCCAAUUUUCCAGUCUUCGUACUUGCUUCAAUCAUCAAUAGCAGCCGACUUUUUGCCUCAAAUCGCCGCUUCUUCGUCUCCGCCGAGAACCGCCGCUCCGUCCCCGUCUCUGCUCGCUGCCUUCACCACUUAAUCACUAACCGCCUCCGUCGCCCAAUUUCGAUCCGUCUUUGUCCACCGACUCCGCCGUUAUGAGCUGCACUGCUAGCUAACCGAUUCCACCCAGGAUCCCUCUUAAUUGUUCUAGUGGAAGCUUGCUAUCUUCACGGAAACUAUACAAGGAAGCUCCCCUUCCCUUUAUCGAUGGGGAAGCGAAACAGGGCGGCCGUAGUGGUGCUCGGCGACAUAGGCCGUAGCCCCCGAAUGCAAUACCAUUCGCUUUCGCUUGCUCGUCAGGCUCAUUUGAAUGUUGAUAUUGUUGCAUAUGGAGGUUCUGAACCCCACAUUUCAGUAUCAGAGCACCAAUCCAUCCACAUCCAUAAAAUGCCACAAUGGCCAACAUUUCCUCGGAAUUUUCCCAAGAUACUACGGCCCUUAUUCCUCAUUCUCAAGCCUAUAUUUCAGUUUCUUGUUCUGCUCUGGUAUCUUUGCAUUAAGAUACCAGCUCCUGACUGUUUCAUUGUGCAGAAUCCACCUUCUGUUCCAACUCUAGUGGCUGUGAAAUGGGCCAGCUGGCUGAGACAUUCAGCUUUUAUUAUCGAUUGGCAUAAUUUUGGAUAUACCCUGCUUGCACUUUCUCUUGGGAGAAGCAGUCCCUUUGUUUCAAUAUAUCGUUGGUUUGAGAACCAUUAUGGCAAGAUGGCACAUGGUUCCUUGUGCGUGACGAAGGCAAUGCAGCAUGAAUUAUCUGAGAACUGGGGGAUUAAGUAUGAGCAUGAGCUUGAUAUUUCAAAAUGGCCACUGUUCUGUAUGAUCAACCUCCUGAAUUUUUCCGGCCUGCAUCACUCGAGGAAAAGCAUGAUGAUUAGUAAAAAUCUUAAUGAACCAUAUGGUCUUUGCGAUUGCAUAAGCAAUGGAUUGUUAAGGGCAGAUGAUAAUGAUCCUAAUCUAACUCCAUUUACAGAAAGGGUUGGCACUGAUAUAUUCUUGAAGGAAAACAGGCCUGCACUCAUUGUCAGCAGUACGAGCUGGACUCCAGAUGAAGAUUUUGGUAUUCUUCUUGAAGCAGCUCUUAUGUAUGAUAGACGUGUUGCAGCACUAUUAGGUGAGGAUGACUCAACUGGGGAUGAAGUUGUUUGGGAGGGAAUUCGCGAUGGAAAGGAGUUUUUGUACCCAAGGUUGCUCUUCAUUAUUACUGGUAAAGGACCUGAAAAGGAAAAAUACGAGCAAAAAAUAAGGAAACUCAAUCUUAGACGUGUAGCAUUCCGCACCAUGUGGUUGUCAGCAGAGGACUAUCCUGUGCUUCUUGAUUUAGGUGUUUGUCUUCACACUUCGUCGUCAGGGUUGGAUCUACCUAUGAAGGUUGUCGAUAUGUUUGGCUGUGGACUGCCUGUUUGUGCUGUUUCAUAUUCCUGCAUAAAGGAGCUGGUUGAUGUUGAAAAGAAUGGCCUUCUAUUUUCAUCGUCUUCAGAAUUGGCUGAUGAACUCAUGAUGUUGUUUGAAGGUUUUCCCGGACGGUGUGAUUCAUUGAAAUCAAUGAGAUCAAACUUGAUGGAAAGGGUAUCUUCAGUUAGGUGGGCAACUGUGUGGGACGAAAAUGCCAAGCCCUUGAUACACAAGGUUAUUUCUGAAAGAUCGACAUGAGCACGGAGGAAUAUGAUUUGCCAAGAAAAGUAAAAAACUGUUGCAGGUGAAUUAUGAUUUAGUUCAUUCGAAUCUCUGCUCUUGAAUUCUAUCUGGCCAUGUGUUUUUUUGUGUGUUUUUUACUAACUCUUGCGAAUACUCUACAUCGAGUGACUCGACUUGCUCAUAUGGGUUAAUAUGAUAUUUUGAACGCGAAAUAGAAGUUGAAUGGGUGUUCAACAAAAAAAUAUAUAUAUAUCAAUCUUUAUAAUGAAAAAUAUAUUUUUGAAACAAUAUUCACCGUUACAAAUAUAUCUUUUUGACAAUUUGUACUUAACUUUUAAAGUAGACUAAUUAGUAGUUAUUAAUUAGUCAUUAGUUUUAUCAUCAAUCUCUAAUGCAUACUAUUUUUGAAACGUUAUCUCUUUAUUACUUGUAAAAAUUGAGAGUAAGUAGGAAUAUAUGUUCCUAUUGUUAUUUCAGUUGAGGGUGUACAUUUAUGAUGAGUGAUUGUAUCUUUGACUACAAUUGAUGCAAGUUUAACAUCUAUUUUUAAAUCUUUUAUUUGUAAUUAAUGCACUUCUUCGUGUUGACUUACUUUUUAAUAUAUUAAUUUCACUUUAAAUUUCUUGUGAAGAAUUUUUUUUUAUUAAUAAACAAAGGGUUUGACGGAUAC